UAUCUCAAGUGUGCAAAACCAAGAAUAGGAGAUUUUUAUGGAAAAUCCAAAAUGAACAUAAGUUGUCAUUGUCCGCCUUCAUGUUCUAGCACACGAUACGAAGUAACACUUUCUUCAUCCAUAUUUCCGUCUGACUUCUACAGUGAUUUUCUACUAAGGAGGAAUAACUUGAAUGAAUUUGAACGGGAUUUUUACAGAAAAGACUUAAUAGUCAUUCACAUCUACUUUGAAGAACUGAAAACAACAAUUGUAAGACAAUCACCUGUCUAUGAAUCUUCAGUGGCGAUAUUUGGAAAUAUUGGAGGACAGAUGGGAUUAUUCCUAGGAGCCAGUAUACUCACCCUUACAGAGCUUGGAGAAUUUUUGGGGUUUGUUUUGUGGUUUAUCUGGAAGAAAUGUAUAAACAUGAAUCGUACAAACUGUUCAAAAGAAAAGAAUGUCAAUGCCACACUCCAAGAAAUGUAA